GGUCAGACGGCGGACUGGGCCACUGCGCCGCGGGAGGAGCUGCGCGCCAGGCUGCGGAAGGCCAAGGCGCGGCUCUUCGCCAGCAAGCCACUCCGCGCAAGGACGCACGCCAUCGCCAACAAGGCCAAGCAGUGCGCCGAGCGCCUGGAGAAGGUGGAGGGCAACAAGCGGAAGGCGCAGGAGGCCUUGCGGCGGGCCGUGGAGGUGGUUGAACGCGCGGAGAAGGUGCAUGCUGACCUCCUGGAGCAGCGGGUGGCGCUGCAGGCCGAGCUGGUGCAGCUGCAGCAGCAGGCGCCCCAGGCUCCACAGCCGCGGCCUGCGGGCCAGGCCAUGGCGCAGGACGCCAUCGGCGGGCUCGGCAUCACGGUGGGCGAGCUGGAGGCCGUCGUGCUGCAGCAGCUCUCGGCCCACCCGAACGAGGAGCAGCCAGUGCCAGCGGAGGCUCCCGCCGAGGAGCAGGCCAUCGCCAGCCAGGACCUCGCCAGCACCGCAGAAGAGGUGCGUGAUGGCGCAGAGCGGGACGGGCAGUCCCAGCCAGCGCCCGAGGCAGCAGCGCCUGGAAGCGGCAGCGGCGCAGCCGUCGUGCCGCGCUGGCAGCCGGAGGAGGAGUCGGUGGAGCAGCUCCAGCAGCGGCUGCGGAAGCAUGGCCUGGAGCUCGAAGGCUGCGAGGAGUCAGACGCGCGCGCCCGUUGCGUUGCGGUGGCCAGCGGGGGCUUCCAGCCGGUCCUCCUGGUCCAGGAGCAUCGCGCCAGGGACCACGACGGGCUGGCCGCCUUGCAGCAGGCCAUGAUGGACCACGGGUACGCGGGGCUCUGGGCGCCAGCGGUCCAGGGGCCGCGCGACGAGGCAGGCGCCUCUGGCGGGGUGGCGGUGCUUGCGCGCUCGCACAUUAUAGUCACCAGCCUUCCUUUCCUGGAGAGACCGCUGGCCGCGCGCCCGGUGGUCGCCCAUGUGCGCUGGGGAGUGGCGGGCGGGUUCGUCGCCAUUUCCGCGUACUUCCACGACAGUGCGGGGUGGAACGGUGACUACCAGCACGUGGCGGCCGUUCUCGUGAAGUACCUGGCCAAGCUCAGCGCGGCUGGGAUCGACUGGGUCGCGGGCGGUGGCUUCGACAUUGAGCCCGGGAAGUUUCCCGUGCAGCAGCUCCACGGGGUCCGUGGGCUGUGGGCGGCGGCUGAGGAUGCCACAUGCAGGCCGCGUGCUGGGGCCUGGUCGACGCUGGACUACUUCCUCUUCUCAGCCAGCCUUGCUCCGAGGCUUGGCAGGCCGCGUUUCGACGAGUACGGCACGACGAAGCCGCACCUGCCCGUCGCGAUGGAGAUGCAUGCGCAGGACCUUCCGAUGCAGGAGCGGGUGGCGAGGGGCCCGAGGCCGAUCGGCCCUGUGCCGCCCGUGGGCUGCAGCCGCGGCGUCCAGGACUGGCGCAUGCCCCGGGGCAAGGUGCGCGCAGCCGUCUGCCGAGAGCACUUCGCCGAGGCAUGGGGCGCCGUGGUGGCUACAGUCGAGCAGGAGCUUCUGGGCCGCUACGACGUCGUCGGGCAUGACAGUGCCAAGUACGUCGGCAGGUCUGGCGCUCUGGAUACGACCCUCGUCGCUGUCAAGUGGCGACCCCCUCGACGCAGGGCCGCGCUUGGUCGCCAGGCCGCGGCGUGCCGCGCGCCGUCGAGGUCGGCUCGGCACCUGAUGGGGGUCGGGACGUACGUCGCCAAAGCGGUCCGCCAACUCCACGGCGCCAGCCUCCUCUGCCCGCUGUUCGAGGCCCAGUUUGACAAGCUGGCGGGGUCCCUGCUGGAGGCGGCGGCGUACCGCGACAAGAUCAUCGCUAGCCGCGGCACGCUGGCGUUCCUGCCGCGCUGGGUGCAGGACUUCUUCGGCCAGCGGAUGCAGACGUUCGCGCAGGCCGACUUCGCGGGCCAGGCGUCGAGAGUCGUGGAGUACGCUAGCGGUCAGUAUGAAGCGGCCCUCGCGGCGCAGCAAAAGAAGUGGGUCAAGUGGGCCAACGAGUCGUUAUCCCACGGAGCUGGCCGCGCCCAUCGGUGCUCCAAGGUCAGGCCUGGGGGCAUUGAGGAGUGGGAUGUGCUGCCCGAACUCACCGUCGAGAAGGUGAAGAGGGCUGCGCUCUCAUUCCCCACGGGCAUGGCGAUGGGGCCCGCCAAGUUAGGCAUGCGUGCCCUGUCUUUCCUGUCCGAGGACAGCGUGCAUCUUUGCGCGCAGCCCUCCAUGCGCAUGGAGAAGAUGGGCGCGUGGCCUGAGGGCCGCCUGUGGCGCGCCAUGAGUCGGCUGCCCAAGCCCUCUGGAGGGUGCCGCCCUAUCGCGCUCAUGCAUGAUGUGGUGCGCUGGUGGUCGAGGGCGUGGGCGGACAUCUCCAAGGGCUGGCUCAUGCAGCACCCCAGCGUCGACAUCUGGGGGCUCGGCGCGGGCAGGUCUUCGUCAAAUGCAGCGUUCGACCUGGGCCUCGCGACCGAGGUAGCGGUCGCGUUGGAGGAGCAGGUGGUCGCCGUGCUCCAGGACGCCUGGAAGUUCUUCGAGACUGUGACCCCCGAGGCCCUGAUACAGGAGGCGCGGCUGCUCAAGAUGCCGCUGCCGCUGGUCUGGCUUUUGGUGGAGCUCUACCGGCAGCUCAGGCGGCUGCAAGCGUUCGGCUCGGUGUCCUACGAAGUUGUGUCCUACCAAGUGGCGCUGGCUGGAUGCACGCACGCGUGCGCGCUCGUGUCGGUGCUGAUGCACCGCGUGCUAGGGCGGGCGCGCUGCAUGGGCGUCACUCCCAGGGCCCUCGUAGACGACGUCGCUCUUCAGUGGGUCAGGACCGCGGGCAGCAACGUCGGCGUCUUGUGGGCCGCGGUCACGCGCUUCCGCGUGGAGGCCAAGCAACUGGGCAUCAUCGUGCAGCCCGCCAAGUCUGGCUACGUGACCUCGUCUAAGGGCCUAGCCGCAGAGUGCAGGAAGCAUGCGGGAUCCCGCGGCUUGCAGCUGCUACACUGGGUCACCGUGCUGUGGCGCACGGGGCUGCCCACUAGCGCCGGCCACGGCGCGGGCGUCGUGGGCAUCUCCGACGAUGAGUUGCAGCGGCUGCGGGCUGAGGCCAGCCGGCUGGCGGGGGCGCGGCCAGGCCCGUCGGGCGCCGCGAUCUCCCUGGCCUCGCAGCGCAGCGCGAGGUUUGAUCCUGUCUACGAGGCGACGGUGGCGCUCGUGGUCAGGUACUCCAGUUGGGUCUGGGAGCAGAGGACAUCGUUGGGCAGGCUUCAGCGUGCGUGGGCCUCCAUCACGCAGCGGCUGGUCGAGAAACCGACGUGGGGGCUCGCGCGCGGCCCGAGCGCCUCGACGACGCUCGCGCUCUGGAGGGUCGGCUGGCACAUGCGGUCUAGCCUGGUGCUGGUCACUGACGAGGAGCAGCACGUCAACCUGAUCGCCACCUCGCCGUCGGACCUCAAGGCUUACCUCGUCGAGGGGGUCAGCCGUUGGCAAGGGCGACAGAUCCUGAGCCACUUCGGCGGCGCGCAGCCCACGGGGCCGAUCUGGAUGCGGGUCCUGAGGCUGUGCGUGGGUGGCAAGGGUGCCGCUGUUGCCGAAGUGCCUGCAGCCGUCAGCCUCAGGAUCCACUGGGCGGACGCACCUGGUCACAGGCUGCGCGGCUGCGAGGCUAGCCCCCCUGGAGGCAGCGAGCUUGGCACGGCAUGUGUCGUUGCGAAUAGGCCGUCGGUAGAGCAGGACGUCCUCCCUGACCGACUGCAGCAGAUAUUGAUUAUUAUGCGCGACAAGGGCCUGCAGGCAGGCGGCGUGGGGGUCGCGGACUUCAGCGGGUUCGAACAUGAGGUCGGGCUACCCGUGCCGCCGCCGCGCGUGCCGCCUGCGGCCGACGAGGCGGAGGUCAGGCUCUGGGGUGACUGA